CUUGAAAAAAGAGGCACUCUUCCUGAAAAUUGAGACUGUUGAAUUUCUGACUGUGAACUAUGGUGAAUGGCAGGGAUGUAAUUAGCUUGAAAAGCAUGGUCGUUUUUAUCUUUGUGUGUGACGGGGAGGGAGGAGAAAAGCAAGCUCACGUGAUGUUCAGCGGGGAAUUUCCAUUAAUACCAGUCUCUCUCUCUUUUUCUUCAAAAUCCCACACGAUCGUUUCUCUCACUCUCAUUCUCACUCCCACAGCCAUUGUUUCUUAGCUUGCUUCUCUCUUCACUCUCCCUCUCAUUUCCCUCCUCCCUUUUCCGUUUCCUUGCUCUCCAAUCCAGCCAGAAGCCCAGAACGAACAGGUCCCCGUCAUUUCUUUCCUCUCUGCUUUUUCUCCUUCUUCUCUUUUCACCGAUUAAUUGCUCUGUUUUUUCUCCCCCGGCUGUAGUUAAUCCAGACUUCAUCGACAUAGCCAGUUCCAUCGAUCUUCCAUUUUCUUCGUGGAUUCCUGCUCGUCGAUUCCAGUAGUUCCCAGUCUCGUUGAUUCCGUUCUGAAUCGGUGCUAGCUGCAUAUAGGGAGAAGGUAUUGAUCUUCGUUCUUCUUUUUCCUCUGCUCCUCUCCGAAUUCUUCAGAGUUUCCGUUGAUUGUUGGUCUUUUCAACAAAAUUGAAAUAAGAAUCGGAAAAUGAAGAAUCGUGUUUGGAAUCUCCCUUUCUGCGUAUUUGUUUGGUUAGAUUAAUCACCGUUUUGAUACUAUUAUCGUUCAUCUUCUUCUCCCGUCGAGUCUGCCUUCUGGCUUCGUUUUCUUUUUAGUGCAAUACUUGAAUAGAACAGUAGGUAUCUGCGUUCUUUUGGUUUUUUUUCCCCCCCCCGAUUCGAGCUAAAAGCACCGUCGCCCGUGCUGGAUUUUCCUUCUGAAGUUAACUAAGCUGAUUUCGGUUUAGUUCAGGAGCAAUUCACAAUAGAGUUUCUGAAUUGGUUCAAAACACAGUUCAGAAUUUCACUACUCCUUCCUUCUCAACUAAAUCUGCAUUCGUUGAUGAUCGAUGUUUCCGACGCCCACUGUUCAUUUACGGUCGUUUCUUCGUUUCAGGAACAAAAUCGACGAUGGAGCUUCUUCACGAUGCUGCUGCAAGGAGUCUGACUGCAAUGAUGUACUCAAAGGGCCACAAACCACCAUUGGCGUCAGAGGACUGCUACUACGCCGCCGCGAGAAGACCUCUUUUGGAAGCACCGGAGUUGGGUUUGCCUUCCGCGCCCGUGUUAGAAUAUUCACACACUUGGGUACUAGAUCCAGCGGAGCACAUAAGAGUGAACUGUUUAUAUGAAAUCGACCAUUCCAUGCUCCCUAACAGAGCACCUGAUCAACUCAAGAGUGUUCGAGUUGUCAUGGUGAAUGAGAAAACGAGGAUGAGGGUUUCACUGAGGUACCCAAGCAUUUACUCUAUCCGAGCUUACUUCAACGACGGUACUGGGUGUUCUGGGCCGGAAGUAAAGCACAUCCCGAUGCUAGACGAGAGAUGUGUAAUCGGUUCUGAAGUUGCAGGGGAGGCUCUUUACCGGCGAAUUCUACCUGACGAGGUAGCGAAGAAAAAAUGGGACUGGAACUUUUGGAUAGUUCCUUCUGUUGCUUCCCGGAAGGUCUCGAAUCUCCGCCUAAAGGGUUCCUCGUCUACGAACAAUGGCAGUGGUGCAUUGACCAAGGAUUCACUCUUGUCGGAACUCAAGACUCCGGGGAUAGUCAACUGGGGUCAACGCCGGAGGGUUAGGUUCAUGGGCAGGCAUGUGGAGGAUAAGGAAGAACCUUCUGAUUGGAUGGAGAAAAAUGAUAAGGAGGAUGGAAGUGAUGGGGAAGAAGACCAUAGUGGUCCGGCGAGUGAUGAAGAGGAAUGUGAGGAAGAAGAAGAUACAGAGGAGGUGAUUGUGAAGGCUAAGACGAGAGAAUGCAGGGAGAAUCUGAAAAGAAAGAAGAAUCAGUUACCAUCCUCUACAAUCCAGCUGAGGAAGAGGCCAAAACGUGGAAAGAACAAGAAUCAGAUUGUGGUUUACAGGCAGAAGACCAAUAAGAAGAAGAAGGUGGUUAAAAAGACAAUUGACAGAUGGUCUGCUGAAAGGUAUCAACUAGCUGAGGUGAACAUGUUGAAGAUAAUGAAAGAGGAGAAGGCACUGUUUGGGAACCCAAUGUUAAGGCCAGUAUUGAGAGCAAAAGCGAGGAGGCUGAUUGGAGAUACUGGUCUGUUGGACCAUUUGCUGAAGCAUAUGGCAGGGAAGGUGGCGCCAGGAGGUGAAGAAAGGUUCCGGAGGCGGCACAAUGCAGAAGGUUCAAUGGAGUAUUGGCUGGAGAAGGCCAAUCUGCUAGACUUAAGGAGGGAGGCUGGAGUGCAAGAUCCAUACUGGAUUCCACCACCUGGUUGGAAGCCUGGUGAUAACCCCUCUCAGGACCCUGUAUGCGCCACCCAGAUCAAGAAACUAACUGAGCAAGUUGAGAAACUGAAAAGGGACAUGGAAGACCUGGCUUCCAAGAAACAGGAGGAAGAAGUAGCCAUUGCAGCCAUGCCAAUUUCUUCAUCACUUACCACUUUAAGCAUGGAACAUGACAACCUACUUAUUCCGCUCAAGGAGAUGUUCAUCGAUCUGUCCAAUAAGAAGGCAAAAAUUGAAGAACAACUGACCGAAGUCUCUGAGUCCUUACUUGCCAUGGAGGAAGCAAUGGCCACAAGAAAUAGAGCAGAAGAGAAACAACUGGAACGACAGCAGCAACUAGAAGAAGAAACAAUGACACAGCUCAUGAUCACACAAUCGGAGGAACACCAUUUUGAGGAAGGAAACCGGAGCCAAAACUCAACUACACCGACUCCAAUGGAAGACAGAGCAGCCAAAAUACAAAGGCUGAGAUCAAGCGGGUUCAGGAUAUGCAAGCCAGGGGGGACUUUCCUGUGGCCUGACAUGGCUACAGCCUCCUCUCCAACAGUCCACCUGGAUGGCUUCCUCGCUAGAACUCCUUCUUCUGUCUCUUCCUUAUCCUCCUCCAUAACCACACUCACCUCCGCCGACUCUCAGCACUCUCCUUCCCCGUUGAUGAGGCCAGUAGCUGAAAGGACAUCCGAAUUCACAAUAGCUCUAACCACACCACCUUCUUCCUCUGCUGUUCCUUCUAUCCUCCGCCGACAGGGGAGAAACAACAGCGCUACUCCGACAACUCCUCUGAUCAACCUCAAUGAAGUUCCCAGAACCCGAACUGAGAAUCCGAAUCAAGUCUCCCCUGGUCCAGUCACCUACCAGAGAAGAAACCAUCAUCAGAGUUUCAGUGCUGGAACUAUGGCAGCUGCAUCAUGCCUUCCGUUGGGAGUACAGACAUGGCUGGCUAUCGGCGGUGGUAAUCCGUCGUCGGAGAAGGACUGCAAGCGAGGCUAAGUUAGGAGAAAUGCUACUAUAGUUAUACAUUAGAACAGUUAUUAUUCUGGUAUGAAAAUUAAACCCCAUCCCACUAAAUAGUCAAAUUGGCCCAUUGACUACUAUGGUCGGAAUGCAAGGGGAGAGGGGCUCCCACUGCUUCUGAGUUUAGUGUCAUUGCUAAGGGGAAGAGUAUUUUUGAUCCUAUUAUACGCAGGCCAAAACUUUACCAUUAGAGCUAAUAAUUACAUAAGCUGUGA